AGCCCUACCAGGAACUACUGCUGCGGCUUCUUUUCUGUCUGUAAGCCUGUGAUGUGAGGCAGGGUGUGGCCACACAGCCCAGUCACCUGCUCAGGUGUAUUCAUGCAUUCUCAGACUCGCGCUGGAACACUGCAGAACUCACUCCUCUCACUCCUUAACUGAUCUCUUCCGACAACAGCUCAGGUUGUUUGCUGAGACCGAUUUAAGACUUUUCUUCACAAAGGAUUGGUAGUAGGCCACAGAUUUUCUUCUGAAAAGCUUUUUUUUUUUUUUACAGAAGCUAAAAAAAUUUCUAAAUUACUACUUGAACAAUUUCUGUUUUUGAAGGAAACAGCAGCAAUUGGAUCACCUUUCUGUUUGUACUUCUACCCUGAACAUUACCUGCCGUUAAGUCAUGGAGCGUCUGAAGUUAGUCCUGCAGUACUUUCAGUCCAACUCUGAGUCCAUCUCCAAUGGGAUCUGUAUCAUCCUGGCCUUGGUCAGUGUCAAACUCUACACCAGUUUUGACUUUAACUGCCCCUGCCUUCCUCAGUAUAACAAACUGUACUCUUUGGGAGUGAUGAUUGUCCCGCCAAUCAUAUUGUUCUUCCUGGGGGUCCUGGUCAACCGACAUGCGGGUGUCAUGAUGGACGAGUGGAUGAGACCCAUUGGAAACAGAUCCAAAAAUCCUGCUGUGGUUAAGUACCUGUUCUCCUCUAUGAUCCAGAGGGCCCUGCUGGCGCCGAUGGUAUGGAUCCUGGUCACUUUGCUGGAUGGAAAGAUCUUCAUUUGUGCCUUCAGUGUUAGUGUAGACCCUGUACUCUUCUCAGGUUUUCCCAACAAUACAGGUCUGGAUAUGAUCAAAAUCAUGGCCAAAGUGCCUUGCAAGGAGGACAUUAUCUUUAGGAACAGUUCUUUCCGCAAAGCAGUCUCUCGUUACGUUCGCUGCUAUUCACAAGCAGUUGGCUGGUCCAUCCUCCUCUUCCUGAUUGUACUUGGAGCACUGGGACGCCUCAUCAAGCCCUGUUUUGACGAUCAUGCCACCUCCCUGCAGACACGCUACUGGAGCAACUACCUCGAUGUGGAGCAAAAGCUCUUCGAUGAAACCUGUGUCCUGCACGCUCGCGACUUUGCCCGCAAAUGUGUGGUGCAGUUCUUUGAGGACAUGAGAGAAGACACCGUACAUAGUCUUCCCCACCCGCUUUUUAUCACAAACUCUCAGAUGGAGUGGGAGGAUGAAGAAGAUGAGCGACUUCAUGGGAUAUCAAAGCAGGAACAGGUGGACCAGUUGCUCAACAAGUGGUACUACAGUAAACCUGAACUGGAUGUCACCAGGAUAGCCCACAGACCCAGGAUGUGUGUUACCUGGAAGGACCGUGAUGGGAAGACUUUAUACUCUGAUGUCUAGGACACACUCAGUGCUGUAUAGUUGCAGGAUGAAUCAGGUCAUGGUGAUCGGUUCACUAACAUUAAGCUUUAGAAACAGGUUAGAUGUAGACUACCUCAGAGUAAGAGCAUGCUUUCCUGAAGUCAGACUUAACAGGUGGUUGUAUAUGGGUGGACUGCCAAUGCAGUCAGAUGUGUAUGACUUACAUCUGACUUUAUAUCAUGAUUGAGCUCUUUGACUUGAUGCUUUUUACCCUUUGGAGCAAACCAUGUUGCUAGGGUAAUUUGGCUGUUGGGUGUGGUCUGGCUGGUUUGCAUUCAGGUUGUUGACAUGGGGCUCACCCACAUUGAUGAAUGGAAAACAUGCAAAUGGACAUUUGGAACCAAAUAACAGACUAACAAAGAUUCUAUUUACUACUUUAUUUUAUGUAGUUUACUAAAGAUGCACUUAUAAAUAUUUACAUUGACAAUGUGUAUGUAUUACAACCACAAAGAAUUAUACCUACUCCAUCCAAUAGUUAUAAAGAUAUUUAAGUCUGGACCAACAUUGCCAUCUCUAAAGCUAGCUAAUUAACAAGGUCUCAUUCUCUAAUAAUUUGUUCAUGGAGAUGUAUAUGAUAACUUC